UUGACUUCCCCCAUCGAGGAGCUGUAGUCGUGUGUACCUGCGAGCCACAUCAGGGUCACCUUUCCUCUUUCCACUCUUUCACCCUCUUUACGGGAACAUUUGUUUUUUUUCUCAGAGUGGUUUCGGUGUUGCUUGUGUUUCUGCUUCACCCGCCUCCGGCCAAAUGUUGAAUAUUGGGCGACAGAUGACAGUGACAGGCAGGGUGUUGGUAGCUGGUCGGUGAUAAGAGAUAACUGGGUGAAGGCGGCUGUUGGACGCAGAUAAAACGGAUAAUAACGGUCUAAACUCGACAAUGAAGCCACAACAAGCUCAACAACUGAACGACUAUGGACACGGUAUGUUGAGCUAACGACUGGGGGACUAAAAUGUCUCUGAAUGGACUUGUUCAACAAGAAACACCUCGACAACACCUAUCACUGGAUCUAAUUCAUCUCACUAAUGCCGUACUUCCUUUACUUUUUCACUAAUAAAGCUCGUAUCUAGUCAGUAGCUGACAACUCAGAAGAUGUGGCUUUUGAUCCGUAUGUCAGGGCGCUCACACGGAGUGCAUUUAUCCAAACUGAGGCUAACACAGCCUAGGAUGUUAUGGCUGGAGCACCGCCUGACCCUCUCAGCUGCCCUCCGGAGGAAGAAACAGUUGACCGGGGUCAAAUCUGGGGUCCAUCCGACACCCAGGCCCCUCACGUCGGUUCUGCCCUGCAGCCCAGUCAGAGGUCUCUCUGUGCUCCCUUCACACACCUCCAACUCAAUAGCCCGAGCACGGACAGUCACACACACACCUGUUGCCUUUGCCAGCUCUUCUGCCGCCUCCACACCCACACCAGCCGGAUCAGCCAAGACCCAAACGGGCACGGAGAAGGAACAAACGCCGACCACGGUCCCCUUGGAAGAUGUGAAAAGGAUUUUGGGACUCGCUCACCCGGAGAGAUGGACACUGGCAGCUGCUGUAGGCUUCCUAACUGUGUCCAGUGCAGUAACCAUGUCAGCUCCAUUCCUCCUGGGUAAAGUGAUUGACACCAUCUACGCAACUGGAGCAGACACAGAGACAAUGGCAGCCUCCCUAACAUCGUUAUGUAUCAUGCUGACGGGAGUGUUUCUGUGUGGUGGGGCAGCCAAUGCCACCAGAGUCUACCUCAUGCAGAUCUCAGGUCAGCGGAUUGUUCGUAAUCUCCGUACCUCCGUCUUCUCCUCCAUCCUCAGACAGGAAGUGGCAUUUUUUGACAGGAACAGGACCGGCGAGCUUAUCAACCGCCUCUCCGCUGACACAGCUGUGGUGGGCCGCUCAAUCACAGACAACCUGUCAGAUGGGCUGAGAGCUGUUGCCCAGGCAGCUGCAGGUGUCAGUAUGAUGUUCUAUGUGUCCCCCAGCCUUGCAAGCUUUGUAUUGCUGAUUGUUCCCCCUGUGGCCGUUCUUGCUGUAGGCUAUGGCAGAUAUCUUCGCUCCAUCUCCAAACGCACACAGGAUGCACUCGCACAAGCCACACAGUUAGCAGAGGAGCGUAUCAGCAACAUGCGGACAGUCAGGGCUUUUGGUAAAGAGCUGUCAGAGGUCAACACGUACACACAGAAGGCAGACGAGGUCCUCAGCCUGGCCAGGAAGGAAGCUGUGCUACGAGCUGGUUUCUUUGGAGUGACUGGUCUCAGUGGUAACCUCAUGAUCCUGUCAGUGCUCUAUAAAGGAGGCCUUCUGAUGGCCAGCCAGCACAUGACUGUGGGGGAGCUCUCAUCGUUCCUCAUGUACACCUUCUGGGUGGGCAUCAGUAUCGCAGGUCUGAGUUCAUUCUACUCUGAGCUGAUGAAGGGUUUUGGAGCCGGAGCCCGUCUGUGGGAACUGCUGGACAGAAAGCCUGAGUUUCCUCUAAAUGAGGGCUUAGUGCUCCCUCCUGACCAGCUGAAAGGGCAGCUAGAGUUCUGUGAUGUCUCCUUUGCCUACCCCACCCGUAAGGAGGCUCCUAUUUUCCAGAACCUUAGUCUGCUGGUCCCAGCUGGGACCAUCAUGGCCGUGGUGGGAUCCAGUGGGUCUGGAAAAUCAACCCUGGUGUCAAUGCUGCUCAGGCUUUACGACCCUGAUGCUGGUAUUAUCAACAUCGAUGGUCAUGACAUCAGGGAUCUAAAUCCUUAUUGGCUCAGGAGUCACAUUGGAACUGUCAGUCAGGAGCCAGUGCUGUUUUCUUGUUCUAUCAGGGAUAACAUUGCUUACGGUGCAGGGGACCCAGACGCUGUGACCACAGAGGACAUCUACAGGGCAGCCAGAGUGGCCAACGCCUAUGAUUUCAUCCAGGCUUUUCCUAAGGGCUUUGACACUAUAGUGGGGGAGAAAGGAGUGCUGCUGUCAGGUGGUCAGAAGCAGAGGAUAGCCAUAGCUAGAGCUCUGCUUAAGAAUCCUAAGAUCCUGCUUUUAGAUGAGGCUACCAGUGCACUGGACGCUGAGAAUGAGUUCCUGGUCCAGGAGGCCUUGGAGCGCCUGAUGGAAGGGAGGACAGUCGUCAUCAUCGCUCACCGUCUGUCCACCAUCCAGAAUGCGAACGCCGUAGCUGUACUGGAUCAGCGACGUGUAGCUGAGUGUGGCCAGCACACAGAGCUGCUAAGCAACAGGCAAGGACUGUUUAGAAAACUGAUGGAGAAACAGGCAUUUCUACAGGAAGAACAGAAACGAGCCCUGUGCUGAGAGGACGGGGAGUAUAGACGAGUGAAAUAGGAGAAUGAAGAAAUCUGGAGGUGAGUUCGAUGGCUUUGCUCCAGAAUGGGUUGAAAUGCCCCAAAUGUUGAGAGAUGGAGGGGGAGGGGAGAGAGGAAAAGAUAUAUCCAUUUUGUGUCUGGAAUGGGAAGAGAUGGGUAAAAGCUGAAGGAAAACAGAAAUUACCAGAGGAGGACUACAGAUGGGAGAUAUGGAAGCCAUUGAGAAACAUAAAGGGAUUUUCUUCAAUUCUUCAAGUGUCCCUUUACUACUGGAAUGACAAUGUCACAUCACAUAAAGAGCUGUUUGGAAAGGAAACACAUGGUAAUCCACAGAGAAGACCUAAGUACUGAAACAUGGAUCAGUGACACACUAGAGAUGCUUUAUUGUGAAAAUAUCUAAUUCUACACUGAAAAAAGAAGACAGACAGACAGACAGACAGACAGACAGAGGCUAGGAGUGAAAAGGAGACACUCUUCACACUGGAGGCUCAUGGCCAACGUGAUUUAAAUCACUGUCACUACCGUAGCUUUGGGGAAAAACCCCAACCCAGUUUGAAAUAUUCAGACCUGUGACAGAAAUGUAAAUGUGUCAGUGAGAAUCUGGUGCAAAAGACAAACCUCUCUUUCAUUCUCUGCUAUGGGACACUUUAGUUUGUGAUCACGUUUAUGAUUUUCUAAACUAAACCAAAAACAGUCCUGUAUGUUGGAUACAUAUGUAUUUGUGUCUAUGUAUUAUUGAUUUUUUAACUUGAAGCUUGCAGAGCCCUUUUCUGUCCUUUUAGAGUUUUAAAAAGCCAAUUUAAGCAGCUAUUUGUCAUGUUUACACUGUGGUGUAAAACAGGACUGAACACUAUUCUGACAUGUCUUGAAUUGCCAUGGGAAACAUGAAUGAUAGUCCUGAAAGUCAAAGCUGUGGUGCUACACAUAAAAAAAAUAAAAAAUUUCUCUUAACAAGGGACUUAGUACAAUUAGAUUCAGUCACUCUUGAGUUUUCCUUUCUUUUGAUUUUUCUGACAGCCCUGAAACUGCUAAACGUAACCAUCUUUAUGUGAAACAAAAGGAAAAGUGCACAGUAACUUAAAGAAAGUUGACUGAGGCCUGGUAAGCAGCAUCUUUUCUGGAGAAUGUUCUGCUGCAUUAGAGGAGGAAAGAUACUGGAGGCAUCUUCAAAGUCAGAGGUGAUCUGUGUGUCAUGUUCACCUCUCUCUUGACACUUGUCACUCAUCUCACUUUCUAAAAUCAUUCAUUCUGUCAUUUGUUUCUAAGCUUUCUCAAAAAAGAAUGUAAUGUUACUCAACUUUCUCGCUCUAAACUAUAGAUUGUGGAAAAACAGAAACCAACAUUAGGACUGAACAUGUCUGACUGUAUACGCUUUACCACUGUGUCUCUCGGUUUGUGACAUGUUGUCCCCUUCAUGCUCUGUUAAGUGGUCAGUGUGUACAGGAUAUCCUUUUGGCCUGCAUUAAAUUCUAUAUAAACAGCUCUAAAACCACGUAAAUGUUAGCCUCCGCGUCCUUGAGCCAGCUAAAUAUUAUAGCUGGCUUGGAGAGCCUGACUAAGAAGUAAUGAUUCUCCUCAGUAAAUAUUUGGCUUGUAAAUGCCCACUUCACCGCUCAGGGAGAGUCUGGAGUGGACUAAUUCAGAAGAUUUCUUCUUAACCCUAAAGUGAUUCUAGAUUGGGUUUUUUCUACAAUUGCUCACCAGACACAACUCAACACCAUUGUUUUCAGCUGUAAUACCCAGUUGUAUAUGUGUGAUAUCCUUUGUUUAUUGACCUCAGAGCUGUACCGUGAUGCUUGCAGCGCUUUUGAUUUGGUGCCAGCCCAACUGCAUUUAACAGAUCAUUUCUCAAUGGCUCAAACACUAUGAGAAUAAUUCUCAAAACGUGUUGGUACAGUGGAAGAACUUUCUGACACAUCAAUUAGAUCUCAUGAUUGAAGAAAUAUAACAACAUAUAAUCCACAAUUUUUUUCCCUGUAAGAUUGAUCUCCUUUGGCCAUUUGACUGCGAUGACACGACAGCAAACGUGUACAUUUCUCUGAAGGUUUUGAUUGUCAAGUGGAAAGUUUCUUGUUUUGUUUUUUAUAAUAGGGGUUAGAAAGUUGAAUCAUUGUGGAUGUAACUUUUCAUUUGAAGGCAGCAAUGCAUGAAAUGUCAGCAUAAAUUAAUACAACACCAAUUAUUGGUAAUCAGCCAUUUGAAUAGUCUCAUACUAUUGUCUGUAUACCAUAGUCCUCACGUUGUUCAUUGAUAUAAUUAUUUAUUAGAGUGUAUAGACUGUAUAUCACUUAACGUUUUCGUUAUAAGAUGAUUUAUUAUGGAGAAUAUUCCUCUUGAUUUAUUUUCUGUAUUUGUACUUCUUGUUAUUUCACCUAAAAGGCAAAUAGUUAUGACUUGAAACACAAUAGAUUUUCAUGUCAUCAAGAUGUGUUAAUCUACAUUUUAAAACUAAAUUUCACUUUAAAUGAUGCCUUGAACAUCGUCUCUGAACAUCACACGUCCAGAUCUGUUCUCCAUCACUAAUAUCACCAAACCUUUGAUCUACUGAAAUUAAAUAGAGAUAAUUUUUGUUUUGUUUGUCAUGUAACUUCACCUCUCAGUCCGGUCUACAGUAACAGCUGAAGUUGCUUCGUCAGUUGAUAACGGGUCUAUGUCUGAUUAUAAAUCACAGAAGACAGCUAACUUGUAUCUUAUGAGUUAUAAAUAAUGUCACCGAAAUGAUGUACAUGUAUGUUGGAUUUUUAAUGAUUUUGUGUUUGCUAAAUUAUUAUACUUCUAUGUAAAGAUAAAUGAAGUGAAAUAUUAAAAGUUUUUGUUUGUGGGAAAAACUGUAUUUUUUUAAUACAGUACUUUAUUUUUUAUCUGGAAAAAGAGUGGUCAUAAAUCACCAUCCUCUACAGAGCUUCUAGAAAUAAUGAGAGGAGGAGCAACAGAGUGAGUCGUCCUAUUUCAUUCAACUCAGCAUAUUGACAUUUUAAUGAGACCUUCAGUGUAACACACUCAGUUUUUCUCUAACGGUCUCAUCAGUAACUGUCUGUUUCAUGCAUUAUGUCAGGGUGUCAGUAGGUGGCGCUGGUGCUUCAUACUCUGAGCUACAGUGACACUCAGGAGGUGUUCCACUGCUCUCUGCCGGUUCUUGGCAUCAGUGUUCACUCAGUCCUUCAUACCAAAAUAAAACUUCAUGGUAAUGAUGUGAGUAAUGUGUACUCAGCUGUCGGUAGGUCGUGUUGACAGUGUGAUGAACUUCUCAUGCACAUUGUCCCCUCAGCUGACACUCGGAUAAGUCCUGGGGAAGCAGUGCAUGAAAGCAAUCACUGGGUUUAUUGUCUGUUGUAAGUGUGUGGAGAACCUGAGGGACAGGUUAAGAGUCUACCAGGAUUAAUCAAGUACACAUCAACCAAGUUAGAUAUUGUAAUUCAUGUUCAGUUGUUUAUUUGAUGUGACUUAAAAAUGAUUUCAAAACAGUACAGUCACAAAAUGCAAAGUCAUGCUGUAAAACACCUCUGAAAUAAAACUU